UUAGGGUUUUUCAAAAUGCUGACACACCGAGCUCAAAAGGUUCGCCAUCACUGGCCUAGAGAAUGGAAACAGUGCACUUGGCUGGCCAAUCCCUGCCCCCAGGACGGACUGCCACCUUGGUUGUGCCAGUGUGGGUAGGAAGAUGCUCAGUGUCAGAUGCGUUCCUGCAUGGGCUACACUGGAUCUCCCUCCUUACUUCCCCAAAUGGACCCACCUUGUUCAUUCACGUCUGGUGUGAGGGAGGGAUUGGGCACAGGGUGCCUUUCCUCUGUGCCCCCUGCUGCACUCUGGCCCUGGGUCAUGCCCUGCCGCCUGGAGAUAGGGUCCUCUCUGAUUGGGCCCUUCCCCUCAGGGACCUCUCCCCUUCAGAUACUGGCCUGGGACCUGGCCUGUCAGCUGCAGCUGCUCCUCUGAGCCCUGACUGGCAGAGGUCACAGCUGGGGAGAGGGCCGCCCUCUUUGGGUCCUUAUUUCCCACAUCUUCUGAUAGAAUACACCACGGGCCAAACAUACCAGUUUCUGGUAGAUCCUACCAACCCUUGCCUGCCCUCGGCCUCCUCUCCUCUCCUCCUCAGCCCUGCUCAGGGCAGCCUUCCCCGUGCCAGACUCCGAGGCUGUGCCCGUGGUACCCAUCCUGAGAUGCUUCACUCAGCAAAUCCAUGCUCACCAUGGGGAGGCACGUGGAGCUUGGGCCAGUGUGUGCAGUGAGUGGCACCAGGACUCAGAACCCCCGCGGCUUCCUUCGGCACAAACGUGGGGUGCUGGGACUGGUGCGGGUCCCGCUGUACACCCAGAAGGACCGAGUUGGUGGCUUUCCCAACUUCCUGAGCAAUGCCUUCAUCAGCACGGCUAAGUACCAGCUCCUCUUCGCCCUCAAGGUGCUCAACAUGAUGCCCGAGGAAAAGCUGGCUGAAGCUGUGGCUGCAGCCACUGAGAAGCAGAAGAAGGCCCUGGAGAAGCUGCUCCCAUCUUCUUCCUGAGUAUGGUCUACAGGCAGCUCCCAGAGAUGGUCUGGAAAUACCCGUCAAGUGUGCAGAAUGACAACAGCAGAGCCACCACAGGCAGGAAGGUCACCACUGGCAGUCUCCUAUGGCCCCAAGUCUGGCUAAACUCAGUGAAGCUACUGGAAAGUCUCCACAGUGCCUACCCAGCCUAAGAAAAGCGGUGCUCCCUGCCCAGCCUGGGCACCUGUUCCACCUUAGAGCCUUGAUGAAGCAGCCACACUGGGCGAAGGCACUCCAAUCUGUAAAUAAAAUACCUGUACUUUG